CUUCCCCGUUAGCACGUACAUAAGUAAGAGACAAGGGCGGCGUGGUAUUGUUCACUUUCUAGGUCGAGAUUUUAUACUUUUGUCCCGUCUGUUUUGAGAGGUCAAAAGAUCGCGGUACCUCGGCUUAACAUCCAAAGACAAAGGAAAGGAGCAAGCCAUCUUGUCGUCAUGGCGACACAUGUGCAGAAUGGAAGCUCUUCGACCUCAGUCCUCGAGGUAGAGCUCGAAUCAGUCUAUUUGUCAACCCCGUUGCCGAAGCAGGAUGGUAUCGACGUUCCAGCCCGUGGGCAGAGCCGUCAGACGAGUAGCAAUGACGGCAAUAUUACUCCAAGGCAGGAUACGAGUUCCCUACCACCUCCGAGCACGACUACAGACGUUGUGCAAAGAUGGAAUUACCCUCGAAAGAACAUCCCACGGGUUGCUUCGUGUUUUUGGUCGUUCGUUGUCAUGGGCGCUAAUGACGCCGCUUACGGUCCUCUCAUUCCAUAUAUUCAAGCACACUAUGAUCUUACGUAUCUGAUUGUGUCGCUUAUUUUUCUGUCACCUUUCGUAGGAUAUACAGCAGCAGCCUUCCUAAACAAUAUCAUCCACCUUAAGGCAGGCCAAAGAGGGGUUGCCUUCAUCUCCUCGGGGUGCCAUCUGCUGGCCUACAUAGUCAUUGCUGUCCAUCCACCUUACCCAGUCUUGGUGAUUACGUUUAUUAUUGCGGGCUUCGGAAACGGCAUUGCGGACGCCGCUUGGAAUGCGUGGAUCGGUAACAUGGCUCGCGCGAACGAGAUGCUUGGCAUUCUGCACGGCCUCUACGGGGUCGGUGCUGUUCUUAGCCCGCUAAUUGCCACGACUAUGAUUACCAAGGGUAACUUGCCCUGGUACGCCUUCUACUACCUUAUGAUCGGAAUAGCUGGGCUUGAGGUAGUUGCUUCGGUCAGCUGCUUCUGGAAGGCAACAGGACGCGAGUAUAGGGAAUCUCUAACGAAGCACUCGGAAUCGUCUCAGAGUAGUCUUAAGGAGGCCUUGUUCAAGCAACCUGCAGCGCGUGUCACUUGGCUUUGCUCCUUGUUCCUGCUUGGGUAUGUCGGUCUUGAGGUCUCUCUGGGAGGCUGGAUCGUCGAGUUCAUGAUUCAAGUAAGAAAUGGCGAGCCCUUCGCUAGCGGUAUGACAGCGACCGGGUUCUGGCUCGGCUUGACGAUCGGGCGUGUAGUCUUAGGGUUCGUGACACCGAGAUUAGGAGAGAAGCGUGCGAUCGUGAUAUACCUUCCUAUAACGAUGGGCCUCGAGCUUCUUUUCUGGCUUGUGCCCCAGUUCUACGUUUCCGCCGUCGCUGUAGGAUUCCAAGGCUUUUUCAUCGGGCCCCUGUUCCCUGCUGCCAUCAUCGCCGUGUCCAAGCUACUUCCUCGACACCUGCACGUCGGUGCUAUCGGAUUUGCCGCGGCGUUCGGUGGUAGUGGCGCAGCUAUUCUACCGUUUGCAGUUGGAGCGAUUGCACAGGCAAAGGGUGUAGAGGUGCUGCAGCCUAUUAUCCUCGCCUUUCUCGGUGCCAUCUUCCUUCUAUGGCUCGGGUUACCGGCGAUGGAUAAGAGGAAAGAGUAAAUAUAUAAUAGUUAAGUACUUUAGUGCCUAGGUACCUAUGUAGGCAAAAAUGAUCAGAUACUAUAGGCUUGAAUAGGCUACCAAUACAUGAGUGUGUUUAGUUCCUGGAUUAGUUGAAAUCUAUUUAGACAUGUCUCUUUCUCCAAUCCAGAACUCUUUCAAUAGGAACUGUGUACAUACAUAGAUAUGAGGCAAGCAAGAUCUGAUGACGUUUCUAUCAGCUCUAGGUAACUUGAAUAAUCAGUUACAUCACAUUAAUUCUAGUCUCUUCUCCUCUCUUUUUUCCAUCCUAUAGGCAAUUAUAUAUGUACGUAUGCCGCCACGCCGACGCACCCCCGAAUCAAUGUCUUCUGAGAUCCGCUGGUAUCACGUCAUGG